CUGAAACAAUCACACGACCUCGGACUGCUGACACAGAAACAACCUCUGCUGUGGUUUCAUUGAUUUGAUUUUAAUCAAGCAGAUUGGUAAAAUGAAGAUUGCAGCCUUCAAUGUCAAGAAGCUGGGAAAGAAAAAAGUCAACGAUCCAUUUGUGCGGUCACAUCUUAUCAAGAUUGUGUCGCGGUACAGUGUGGUGGUGAUGUUGGAGGUGGUGGAUAAGAGCAAUACGGUCAUGAAAAAUUUCCUCAUUCAACUCAACAAAUACGGAAGGAACAAACAGCAUCCGUACAGCAUGCAGGACAGCAAACCUCUGGGACGAGACACCUACAAGGAGAAGUUUGUCUACCUUUUCAGGUAUGAAGUGAAUAAUUCACUGCAAAUGAAAGCUGAGUAUAUUGUACAGAAGCUGGUGCUGAUCCCUGUCCACACUAAACCAAAAGAUACAGUUACAGAGAUGGAGGCUCUGCAAGAUGUGGUCCAAGCUGUGAGGAAAAAAUGGCAAACUGACAACAUUAUGAUUUUGGGGGAUUUUAAUGCAGAUGGACGUUACCUCUCCCAGAAGAAGAAGAAGAUCCGCAUCUCUUCCGCUCCGUAUCAUUGGCUGAUACAGGAUGAUGUUGACACCACGACCAGUAACUGGAAUGACCACACCUACGACAGGAUCGUUGUGUAUGGAAAGACCAUGCUGAAUGCCGUCGUCCAAAACUCAGCCAAGCCCUUCAACUUCCAGAGAGAGUUCAAACUGACAGAUCAAGAAGCUUCGGAAAUCAGUGACCACUACCCUGUGGAGGUGGAGCUGAAGACCAAACCCACUAAAGGAAACACUCACAAGAAAGCAGGGGCACAGAAGAAGACUGCCGGGCCAGCAAAAAGAAAGGCAGGACCGUCAACAGACACACCAGCCAAGAGAAGACGAGGGGACUUAUGAAAAACACAUAUUCAAGAUCUUGCAUUAAUCUGUCAUUUAAAAUGAAUACUAUUAACUUUAGUUUUUGCAAUACAAUUGGCAAUCUUAAAUUUCUUGCAUGAACAGCUUGUAUGUGAUAACAGAAUCUUAUGUUGGUUAAAUUUAGAUGUAGCUGAAGCAGUUAUUCUGUGUAAUGCUUUUAAUCAUAAUCAUUUUAAUUCUUUGCUUAAUAAAGUUAAAAUCCUCUUUCCCUCA